CUGAACGCAGAACUUCAGCAGUGUUUCUGUACGGGAACGUGAGGCACCUGUCCUCGGGCAUUACAACCCGAGAACUGUCAACUUCUACAUUAGAUAGAGUUGAACUACUGAUUAAAUUUACAUGUAGCAGCUGGUUAAAAGCCAGCGAGUUUGUUUGAUCAGCAAUGGGAGCCAACAACAGUACGCGUCGCGUGUCUUUCGAGUCGGAUGAGAAUGACAACAUAACGACAGUGAAGGGCAUACGGCUCUCAGAGAAGGUCAUCGACCGCAUGAGGGAGCCCUCACCAGUCCGACCACGGUCCCAGUCCUCCCCUAGAACCCCUCCUGCUGUUCCGCCUGUGGUUGAUCCUCUGCCAGCACUGGAGCCAAUAUCUCCUUUAUUUGACCCUGUCACCUCCCCCCCACCUCCUCCACUUCCAGAGCCGGUUAAACUCCUGCCACCUCCAUCACCACAACCAACCACUGCUGAGCCGCUGACUGCCCCUGCACCACCGGUCAUUGUUCCCCCACCUCCACCUGUGGCUGAGACUGUACCCUCCCCUGCACCACCUCCUCCUCCCCUAGUUGAAUCGGUGGGUGUUGUGUCAGCCCCUGCAGGUGAGUCAAUUGCUCCACCUGCUGCUGCUGUUGAGCUCAUUACAACCUCUCCACCUGUGGAAAUAAUUGUCCCGCCUCCCUCUCCCAAGCCCACCCCUCCUCCCUCUGCUGAAUCUGCUUCUGCCCCUCCUGGUUUUGAGCUAUUCACACCUCCUGCACCUGUGGAGUCCAUUCCUAUUACUAAAACUGUUGCCCCACCUCCUGCUUCUGAACCUAUCUCACCUCCAGCUGUAAAAAUAACUGCCCCCUCCUCUCCAACUGAACAUGUUUCCCCUGUUGCUUCCACUGCUGAAAAUAGUCCACACCCUCCUCCAACUGUAGAAGUACCUGUGGCUCCUCCACCACCUCCAGUUGUGGAUGAGUUUGAGCUGAGGAGAAAGAUCACUGAAGAGCUGCAGAAAGGCCUGGAGGAAGAGAGAAGAAAAGCGCAAGAGGAGCUCAACCAUUGGCUGGAAGAGGAAAGGUCCCAGGCACAUGCACAGGCAGAGGCAGAAGCUCAAGCCCAGGUAAAGGAUGAAGUGAGCAGGAUCCUGGCCCUGGAGAAAUCCAGUGCAGAUGAGAACAUCCAGAAUGCCAUACUGAAAGAGAGAGUCACCGCUGAUGAUGAAAGACUACGAGCUCAGAUCUACCAGAUGGAGAGGAAGGCUAGACAGCUGGAGGAGAGAGACAAAGAGCUCAGGAAGCAGGAUGCCUUCUACAGAGAGCAAGUGGCCAAGCUGAAGGAAAGGAGUGCCCAGUUCUACAAGGUGUCCAAUGAGAACUAUCACAAGGCAGCAGAUGAUGUCAAUGCCAAGUUCAAGCGAUAUGAAAUUAGUCCAGUGUGCACCGACCUUCAGGGUCAGAUUCUCAAGUGCUACAGGGAAAAUGCCGGGAAGACUUUGCUCUGCUCCAACAUCGCCUCACUUUACCUGCAGUGUGUCAACAAAUCUAAACAGAAUGAGCGGCUCGAGUUUGGGACUUCAGCAUCUGUUUGUGCCGAGGUGCAUUUUUCACUGGCUAAGAACCAGUGUCCUUCAGAGGACAAGUUGAGGACUGGGGGUUAAUUCUCAGAGCGGGUAGUGAGGGAGGCCUGUUUGUAUCUGUAAUCGCACUGUUUAUCGACUGUUGCCAAGGAAAGGCGCCAUCCAGAGACGGACCUGACACACCGGAGCAAGUACUGAACCAUAAACUCCAGUGAAAAGAGAGCACCCUUACACAUUCUGUUCCUUUUUCCUCUACCUUUUACCUUCCCUUUCUCCCUCCUGUCAUUUCCCUUCCAUCAGAAAGGGGAAAUUGGUAUCACUUUCUGAAAUAGACAGAACAGAAUUAGCACCUUGCAGUCCAACAAAGAAAGCAGUGGGGAUUGUAGGUGGAACUCAAACGUUCGGAGCGCUCAAAACCAGCAAGUUUUUUGGUUCAGCAAGGAUAGUACACAGUGAAUAGAACCCAACAAGAAUAACCUGCAUUGGCCAUACUUGACCAACCUAAACCCAGAAUUCCAGAACUGGUGGCUUUGAAAUUCUAGUCUGUUCUAGAUUUGUUCAGUCUGAAUGAGGAACUCAGAAUGAAUUUCAUUUAUCCAACCAUCUUGCCUAAGAUCCACCCUGUUACAACCACCCUUCAUCACACACCUGUUGCACUAGACACAUUUUCAAGCUGUUCAUUGUGUUUUUGUGUGUAAUGUUCAUAUUCUAAUUGCUUUGUUUUGUCUUGUCACUCAAGAGAUGUCAGUUCUGAGCCCCUGAUCUGCUUUGCAAAAUAAACAAAUCAAACUUU